AUGAGCGGGCGCCCCGCGCGGAUUCGCGUUUCAAAAGCAAAAGUCAAGGCCGCGCGCUGCGAUGCGUUGGCCGAAUACCGUACCGAGCUCGAUUUUCGAAAGCAAAAACGGGGUCAAAGAAAAUGUUUUUUUCGCGUUGAAAAAUUAAGUUUCACCGAUGGCCGAACCGAGCUCGGUUUGGAAUCUCGUCUCCGCCUCUCACUGCAGCUUCCAGAAGAGCCAGACAGGCAGGGUCGAGCCGAGAUCGUCAGGUGGGCACCGGGCAUCCCCCUCGCCGCCACUCGCCGGCGCGCGCGCGGCGGCGGGAUGAGCGCGACGGCGAGGUCCGCCGCGCUGCUCGGGCUCCUCGGCCUCGGCGUCGGCGUGAACGUCUACGGCGCGUACUACGUGCUCGCGUUGAACGGUCAGGCGCCCGCGACGUUCGUGGUGGGCGGCGCGAGCGCGAUCGGCGACGGUCGAGACCUCUGGGCGCAGACCGCGGCGGCGGCGGCGGCGGAGGAGAGAUCCGCGGCGGAGAAGAAGAAGAAGGAAGAGGGGGAGAACGGGAGGCGGUGGUGGAAGCCGUGGAGGGGACGGUCGCGCGUGACGAGCGGCGAGGACGUCCGGUCGUAG